CUCACUGGCAACUUGGCAGAAGAAGCCAUAGAAGUACUCCAUAGAAUCAAGAAAGCAAGUGAGCAGCAGCAGUACACACAUUUACCCACACGCACACCCUAGUGAGAGAAAGUGCCGGGGACCGCCCGCCUCAUCUAGCCAUCCUCCUCCCUGCCUCUCUCUUUCUCUCUCUCUCUCUCUCUCUAUAUGUACAUGUAUACCUAACCUAAGUAUAUCAAUAUCUGUGUAGAAAAGCUGAUACUCGCCGCAUUUGCUUGAAAGUGGGUUUUUCUGGGGGUUUAAUUUUUUUCACAGUUUGUUUUGAAUUGGGCGGCGAGGAUGUCGACUCCUUCAAGGAAGAGACUGAUGAGGGAUUUUAAGAGGUUGCAACAGGAUCCCCCUGCAGGCAUCAGUGGUGCUCCUCAUGACAACAAUAUAAUGCUCUGGAAUGCUGUUAUAUUUGGUCCUGAUGACACACCAUGGGAUGGAGGUACGUUUAAAUUGACACUUCAAUUUUCUGAGGAUUAUCCAAAUAAGCCACCAACAGUGCGCUUUGUCUCUCGAAUGUUUCAUCCUAAUAUCUAUGCAGAUGGUAGCAUUUGUUUGGAUAUUCUACAGAAUCAGUGGAGUCCUAUCUAUGACGUGGCCGCUAUACUUACCUCUAUCCAGUCAUUGCUGUGUGAUCCAAACCCAAACUCUCCUGCCAAUUCAGAGGCUGCAAGGAUGUUUAGUGAGAACAAGCGCGAGUACAACAGGAGAGUAAGAGAGAGUGUUGAGCAGAGUUGGACAGCUGACUGAUACCCCCGGAAGGGUGCUGUCAAACUUCCAAGAAAGUCCCAUGGCCUGUUAGAAUAACACAGAAACUUAAAGACAAUUGUGUUGAAGACUGGUGAAAUUUGCAUUACAAUAUAUGUUUGCUUAUGUUCUACGGAUAAAAUGUUAGCCCUUGCUGUUUCAGUUCAUCAAAACUUCCUAUCUUGCCUUUUUCGUUAAGGUAGUGUAAACAAGUUCCUUGUUAUAUCAUCUGCUGCUACCGGUGAUCUGUGAUGUACUAUGAAUCGUCGUCUUAGGUGAAGUGAGCUGUUUCUAGGUCCCUUCCGCGAUGUAAUUUCUUUCUUUUGAGAAGUUCGUGUUAUUGACAUGGGGAAUCUGAAUCUUCAACUUCAUUUCCAUUGUGGUAAA